UAGAGUUGAAGGUCAGGUGGAAUCACUCUCUGUCCCUCUGGUCAGCGUGAUGGCCAGAGGCCUGGAGGUCCCCCGCUGGGGGGCCGUGGAACUGCUGAUCUGGGCAGCCUUGGGGCUGCUAGUGGCCGGACACGGAGGUCAUGGCGACCUGCAAGAGGACCUGCACGAGGACUUUCAUGAACACAGCCACAGGCAGUCACAUGAGGAUUUCCACCAAGGACACAGCCAUGCCCAUGGCCAUGGCCACACUCAUGAGAGCAUCUGGCAUGGGCAUACCCACGGUCACGAACAUGGACAUUCACAUGAGGAUUUGCACCAUGGCCAUGGCCACUCCCAUGAGAGCCUCUAUCACAGGGGACAUGGACAUGACCAUGAGCACAGCCAUGGGGCUCCAGGCAUCAAGGAGGAAUUGGACACUGUCACUCUCUGGGCCUACGCACUGGGGGCCACAGUGCUGAUCUCUGCAGCUCCGUUUUUCGUUCUCUUCCUUAUCCCUGUGGAGUCAAACUCCCCCCGGCACCGUUCUCUACUCCAGAUCCUGCUCAGUUUUGCUUCAGGUGGACUGCUGGGAGAUGCCUUCCUGCACCUCAUCCCUCAUGCCCUGGAACCUCAUUCUCACCAUCCUCUGGAGCAACCUGGACAUGGACACUCCCACAAUGGCCAGGGCCCCAUUCUGUCUGUGGGACUGUGGGUCCUCAGUGGAAUUGUUGCCUUUCUUGUGGUGGAGAAAUUUGUGAGACAUGUGAAAGGAGGACAUGGACACAGUCAUGGACAUGGACACACUCAUGGUCACGCACAUGGAAGCCAUGGACAUGGAAGACAGGAGCAUCCUUCAAAGAAGAAGCAGAGCUCAGAGGAAGAAGAAAAGGAAGGAGGGGGAUCACAGAAGAGAAGACCAGGGAGUACAGGGCCCAAAGAUGGGCCAGUGAGACCUGAGAAUUCUGAAGAUGAAAAAAUAGGUUCAGGUGAGGGCCAGGGUUGGUGAUGCUUGGGCAAGGAGCAUCAUCGUGAAUCACAUGGAAUAUACACUGCGGAUAAUGGCAGAUGUCUGGGAAACACAGAGGGGCUAGUUGUGAAGUGGU